AUGUCAAAUCCACGCAUCGAAGAGCUUCCCGACGACCCACCUGCCAAGAAGGGCGCAGAGGUCGACGAUGCCUCGAGCAGCUCCGACUCAGAUGAAGCGGAUGCGGCGGGAGGAGAGGGGGACUCCGGCAUCCCAGCUGGUUCCAGUGUGACCGUGCACUCUCGUAACGAGAAGAAAGCGAGGAAAUCAAUUGCGAAGCUGGGGUUGAAGCACGUUCCGGGCAUCACAAGGGUCACGUUGAGGAGGCCGAAAAAUAUCCUCUUCGUCAUCAAUUCGCCCGACGUCUACAAGUCUCCCUCGAGCAACACUUGGAUUAUCUUUGGAGAAGCCAAGAUUGAGGACCUCAGCUCUCAGAUAAGCGACAGCGCUCUCAAGAACAUGACACCCUCCGACAACGCUGGUGACUCUCACGCCGGCCAUAACCACGCUGCCGAGGGCAAGGGCAAGGCUAUCGAAGAGGCCAAGAAAGAGGAAGAGGAAGAUGAUGGGGAGGAGGUUGAUGACUCGGGUCUGGAGGCCAAGGAUAUUGAGCUGGUCAUGGCCCAAGCGAGUGUGUCACGGAAGAAGGCGGUCAAGGCUCUCAAGGAGAAUGAUAACGACAUAGUCAACUCUAUUAUGGCGCUUUCCAGUUAG